AACGAAUUUAUAUUGUUUUACGAAUUUGUCUUUCGAGCUUCACCUCUUGCUGGACGGGAUCCUAUGGUGAUAUGAGAACGUGUGUUGUCUGAGAUCGGGCACUGUGAAGGGAAUAUCAGCUUUCUUUCUGGAAUGAAGGUUGCACGCAGCUGGCAAUUUUUGGGUGCAAGGCAUGGGCAGCUGGAUGAAGCAUUUUCGUAUGGUUGGAACUAGGAACAUAUAAAGGGCAUUUUCGUAUUUUGACCAAAUAAAACACCAAAAAAUGCUCUUCCUUCUACCAAAAACAUUCCAAUUUUAACUUUCUCUAAAAUCACUCCAUGUUAAAACCCUGGUUUAUGCUUUUGCUGCUACAUUUCAGUUGUCUUGCGAGUCGGCAAGAAUUGAGUAAACACAACAAUGGCUUGGGAACCCAUUCGCUGGCUUAUCUUCUUCGUCAUGAAUAUUUCCCUUCUAUGCAUCAAUCUAUAUCAAAUGGUAUGUUUAACGGAUUUAGAGGCGGACUACAUGAACCCAUAUGAAUCCGCGUCUCGCAUAAACAGUGUGGUUCUUAAAGAGUUCUUAUUGCAGGGCGCAUUUUGUUUUUUGUUGCUUGUCACUGGCCAUUGGUUAUUAUUCUUGCUUUCACUUCUCCCAACUUACUUCAAUGCGAAAAAGUUCUUGGCAAGCCAAUACCUCAUUGAUGUGACUGAAGUGUUUAGGGUGAUCGACUCGGAGAAGAAAAUUCGGAUUGCCAAGCUGGCCUUCUAUCUAGUUUUUUUCAUUGUAGUCCUCAUCAGAUCAUUCUUUGCAGGCACAUUUUCUAUUGUGCUUUCGGUUCUUAGAUCCAAUGGCGAUGACUUAGAUGUUCGCUCCUCUGUUCUUGAAUUUUAGAGGCUUGAUUGUUUGGAUGUCAUAUGCACAUCCAAAAUGCUAUUACCUCGACUAAAGGGCUGGUAAUAUCUGUGACCAGAUAUCUAAUUGACGAUGUUCGUGAAGAUUUUCAUUUCGGUGUUGCUAGCAGUGCUAUUUUAAGAUGAAACCCAUUUUCCUAAGGUUUUCCACUUUGGAGCUGAAGCGUGGAAAUUGAGCUCAUUUGUGGGUGUUAUGAGGUCAACCCGUUAGCCCUUGGAUUUGAGAUAGUUCUCAAAAUGACCCUCUCGUAUGGACGUUUCAUAUAAGUGAAAAUUAAUUUAAAUACCCCAAACUAUGGGAAUGUGUGAACUGUGAACCCAAAACCCCAAUCUUCUACGUAUAUAAAAUUAAUUAACUGAAGUCAGCAUCAUGAACAUAGGUUUUAGGAUGCUCACCGCACAAUUUGAAUAAUUCUGAGAUUAUGGGACACACAUUUAAUUUAGUAUUCAAAGCAUACGUUUGGGGUUAAGCAGUCUAUGUUGACAGCAUUAAGAUCACAUUUAAUGUAAAGUCCUGGACACUCAUCUGACACGUUGAAGUUUGGGGUGCUUGGUUCACAUAUCCUCAUUGUUUGGGAUAUUUGAAUAAUUUCACUUCAAUCUUGUGAAAUAUUGAAACUUAUCCAGUUGUUUAGCUCUAGUCUGGGGAAUUCCAAUGAUGAGCCCACCUCAAGGCUCAUAGUUUCUGUUGUCAAUGAAGGAGUGUUUUGGUCUACCUCAAGGCUUUGUAAGAAACAUCCAUAGCAUAGCUAGGGAUGUUCUGAAGACUAAUCCAAACUUAAGGGUUAGCUUAGGAAGUAUCAAAUUGAGUAAUUGACUAGUUUAAAAGCCAGUUUCUC